AUGGAAGAUCAUUGGAGCGACAUCCCGAGCUCGUACUUGCCGUCGCAAGUUCCGAGCCAAAACCUCCAGGAAAUUGAGUCAUAUUACGCCCAGGGACAAGCGACGACCCCGAGCAAUCCGUACUACGGCCCUGCAAGCAAUCCACCUUUGAGCAGCGGGCAGGGUUCGCAGCGUCAAGGACGUGGUGGGGACGACUUUGGCCAACAGUUCUCGAGUGCCGCGAACAGUGCCAACAUUCACGUGAUAGACAAGGAGCUGCAGAAGCAAUUCCGUGGGCGAACGAAGCGCUCUGCGAACGCAAAGAUCCACUGGAUGGAGAACAAGAAAAGCCAGAUCAUGGGCAUGUGCUGGACUCUGGGUUGCCUCGGCAUGACGCUUGCGUUCUACAACUACCGGUGGGCAGGGUUGAUUGCAGGUUCGAUCAACACGAUCGUUUGCGGCAUGGCUGUCGUCGUUACCUAUAACCUGAAGCGCGAGUGGCACCAACACCCGAACCCGAUCGUGCACAUGCGCAGUUGCCUCAGCAUUUUCCUCGCCAUUUGCUUGCUGCUCAAUAUUUUGGUCGACUACGACCCGGUGGACCAAGAGUCGGCAAAGUCAUGCCGGAAAUUGGCUGGUCUGACCGAAUUCUUCUUCUUCUCUUCCGAGGCAUGGGGGCUCAUGAUGGCCAUCGACUUGUAUUCCUCGCUCAACGAUCCGUUCAAGAGCUACAAGCGGUCGAUGAAGUUUUACCACGGCUUCGUCUGGUCCACCAGUCUCUUGAUGGCCGUCAUCGCGUUCACCGUGAGCGACUCGGACGGCAAUGCUGGCGGGUUUUUCCAGGUCGACGCACACCCGAUCAACGACAACGACAGCAAGUACAACGUGAUUGGGUUUUGCUUGGCAUCGUCUGGAAAGUCCGUGGCCAACGGUCCGUCGCGGACGUUUGCCAGCAUUCAGAAAUGGCCAUGGAUGCUCUUGUACGGCAUUGUUGUGUUUGUGCUGGUCAUUUCCGUCAUCGUCCUCAUCAUUGCGUGGCGACGGCUAUACGCUGGCGGCGUUCCCAAGACGUACAACAUUCGGCUAGGCGUGCUCAACUACAUUUCGUUGUUCACGGGCGCGAUGGUGUUUUACUGGCUCUUCUUGCUCUUCAUGUACAUGUCGACGUACUUUGUCGCGGAAAACUACAGCGGCCAGCCGCUGGAUCUGGUGCCGAUGAUCAUGCGGCAGUUCUUUAUGUUUCUUGUCGCGUCCAAGGGGUACUUGGAGUACAUCAUUUGGUUUGCUGUGAACAACACCAAGAAGAAGAGCGGGAGCAAGUCGACCGACGUCGAUGUGGACUUGAGUCCCCAAGUAAACCUUGCGCUGCGGUCCGAGAUUUUAUUCUACACGACGUCCGGUAUCAAGCAGUCUGUCCAAGAAGCGGCGACCGGCCACUCGUCGUCCGAGAUGUUUUUGUUGACGGAUGGCCACGACGACUCGGGCAAAACCAUCAAGUUUUGGUCGUACGCGCCGACGGUGUUUCGCACGAUCCGGGAAAACUAUGGCAUUUCCGACGAUGCGUACAUUCGAUUGUUUUCGGCCACGACCAAGGAACGAUUCAGCGAAGGACGGAGUGGGGCGUUUAUGUUUUACAGCGCCGACGAAAGCAUCAUUGUCAAGACCAUGUCCAAGGAAGAGUGCGAGCUGCUGCGGCGGAUGGCGCCCAAAUACGCGUCGUACUUGGUGUCGCACCCUCAGUCGCUCAUGACGAAGUUUUACGGGUGCCACGCCGUCCUGCUGUACGGCAAGAUGUAUUACUUUGUCGUGAUGGGCAAUAUCUUUGCCAACACACAAGUGAUCCAUCACCGGUACGAUAUCAAGGGGAGCUGGGAAGACCGGAAUGCGCGGCUCCCCAAGGUCGGGAACAAGGUCACGUGUCGGUACUGCAACGCUCGGUACACGUUUGGCAGCACCAAAUCGCAAGAGUGCGGCGACGGUCUCAACUUCCACGAGCCCAAUAUUGUGCUCAAAGACAAUGAUCUGCUCACCAAGGUCCGCAUCGACCCGCAGGCGUCCAACCAGCUCUACGACCAGCUUUGCUUUGACAGCGACUUUUUGUACGAGCAAGGCAUUAUGGACUAUAGCCUGCUCAUGGGCGUCCAGAGCUGCGAGUACUAUGUCGAGCCCGGCAUCGUCGGCUUCAACCCGAAUAUGCACCCUGGGUCGUCCUUUGCGACGCAGACUGCGAUCAGUGUCAACGGGCCAGCGCUGUACCAGUUUGGGAUCAUCGAUUUUCUUCAGCAGUGGACGCUCGAGAAGAAGCUCGAGCGAUUCUGGAAGCAACAUAUCAAGCGCAAGGACCCCGACGGCAUCUCGGCGAUCCCACCGAAACAGUACAAGUUGCGCUUCCAGCAAAAGAUGUCGCAAGUGUUUGCCAUCUCCAAAGCAAUGGCAAACAACCCGUUCAUCGGACAGCCGCCCAUUCUCCUCGACGUGUUUGACCAGGGCCUGUCGUCGACUCGAAACAACCAUAACCUCAUCCCAGAAAACGGAAGCGUGCUGGGGUAUGCCGACGACAUCUUGCGGCACACGAGCGCGCCCGUGUUGAGUGAAAACGAACGCGAUGCGACGCACUUGAUACCUCGAUGA